AUGAAGAGCACAAGCAGGAUGAAGACGGAGGCUUUGACGCUAAUGCAUUUAGACGGAAAAAGAAAAUACAUAGGUACAGGCAACAACAUUUACAGAAAAGUUGUUAUCAACCCAACCUCAGAAGACGACUUGCAAAAAUUUUGUAGAAAUUAUUUUAGAAUAUAUAAUUUCUCUCUGUACAACUUUAUCCGAAGACUGAUAUCGCUAGACGCGGUCAUCGUAUACUCGCUCUUCCUGACCGUCUAUGUAUUUUCUGAAAUUAGCCAAGGGAUAACGAAAAAGUAUAUUUUUAUAGAUACGGCCAUUUCUCUAUUUCUAAAUAUUGCCAUUUUGGUAGUCACGGAAACGCUUUACGAGCUGAAGCAGCUGAAGGAUAUAAAGGAUGCGAAUUCGCAGUGCUACCUGAGGAUAGUGCCGAAGAUGUCUCACUUUGAAAAGGUCACAACCAAGGAUAUAAAAGUGGGGGACAUUAUUCGAGUGUUCCAAGGAGACGAAUUUCCAGCAGAUGCCGUCAUCCUAUACGUUAAGAAUAAUUUAAAUGCUAUGGUCGAUUCAUUUAAAAUUGAUGGGUUGUUUAGAAAGAGCAUUAAAUACCCAGUGGAUAAAUACAAAAUCGACAGGGAUUACCUAAAAAUGCUGUCAGAAAUUAACGGGUUCAUUAGAUGCGAACUGCCUAACAAGAAUAUAUUCUGUUUUCAGGGGAAUUUCAAGUUGGACAAACACCCGAGGUCGUUAAUGCUAAGCUAUGAGAACUUUGCUCUGCAAUGAAUGAACAACGUAGUGUACUACUUAAUUUUUAUGUAUUUCUUUUUUGUCCUCCUGAGUAUUAUAAUAAAGCUGACAUUUUAUAGAACACAUGGGUCUCACCAAAGGACGAAGGAUACCUUCUUAACCGUUUUGGAGGACUUCAUUGGCCUAUACAUUUUGGUUCUGCCGAUUAUGAUUUACUCGGAGAAGAGCCUUAUAUAUAUAAUCCAGAGUCUGAAAAUAGAAAACGACUUGCGAAUGAAGGAAGGCCCGCACGGUGAGAAGCCCAAAGUUUUUAAUAAAAACAAGAAUGAUGCACUAGGGGCUGUGGAUCUGCUGGCAACAGCUCGAAAUGGAAUUCUUGUGAAGAAAAAGGAGCUGUUUGUGUCUUGCGCCGUGAACAACGUUGUGUAUGCCAAAUUCGACUUUGUCUAUUCGCGCGGGGAGUUUCGCUUGCCCACGUUGAACAUCCUGGACGGAGAAAGGUGCGCAUGGGGAAAAGGGAAAAAGAAAAAAAAGAUAAGCCAAAAGAUGAUAAAAAACAGAUAAAUGUGCCCUCCUUUUCUGGCGCGAUUCUUUAGAAGGAACGUGGCCGAGCUUUUAAACCUGGACGAAAGGAUUUUCAAAGAUCCCGAGAACGUGCUCUUCCCCUCCAGGGACUUGGGGCUCUUCCUGAGAAUAUUCCAGAACCGCAUCGCUUCGACUUACAACCCGUUUGCGGAUGACUUGUCGAUGGUGUUGAGGGAGAGAUAUAGGAGUUACUUGAAGGAGGAAAUUUUGAACAAGAACGUGAAGCUCACGACAUUCGUAAAGUCUAAACUAAACGGGGGCUACAACCAAUUUUACGAAAACUUGAAGAACAACUACAACUGCAAAGAGGUUAUAGAAGAUGCACAAAGAGGAGAGGACCAGGCGGACAAGAUAGAAGAGUUCGUUUUGGGAAUAUGUGGAUGCAAUCGGGUCAUUAUCUACAACGAGAAAUGUCUAGACAUGGGAAUGAAGGAAUAUAAAAGUGAAAGUUACAAUGACGUAUAUGUGAAGUAUGAAAAGGAAAAUAACCAUGAAAUUGAAAAUGAGAAAAAUGAUAAAAAUUCACAAAAAGACGAUGAAGAAAACUUUCAUACAAUCGAAUAUGAAGAUAUAUACCUGUACAGCAUUGUAAAGAAUAUUGGCUAUCAUGUGUACUGCUACAAGAACAGAUUAUUUUUUUAUAAUUUAAAAAACGAAUGCCAAGAAUACUAUUUGAUUUGUUUUCAUGAUUUCUUGAAGAGUAAUAAAUUCUCCAUGUGUAUUUUAAAACAUACAAAGGAGUUAGACAAAAAUAUUCUCUACGUCCGUGGCUAUGACUUCAAUAUUCUUCCCUACUUAUCGCUAGCCAAAAAUGACAUAAACAAAAUAAAAAAAAUUAUAAAAAUGUACACUAUGAAUUACUUGAAAGUUAUUCUCAUCUGCAAAAAGGUAAUUAAAAAUGAAGACAUUGGGAAAUAUCUUCUUUUGAAGAGCAUCCGGAAUAACAACAACAGCAGGUUGUCCUUCAGAUUGUACGAUUUAAUGAAAAUAUUUUUAUUAAACGAUUUAGAAGUAGUUGGGAUGAUUGGAUUGAAGAACGAAUUGAGAGAAGGGGUAGAGGAAACUUUUCUCGAUUUGGCCAAAUUUGAUAUUCGCUCGUGGAUAUUUACUAAUGAGUAUUCCAAGGACACUUACUUAACAGCACUAGAGUGUAAUUUGAUUCCUUCCAAUUCGAAUUUAUUUGUAAUUAACUUUUUUAAUCCACACGAGGAUGGAGGGGGGGAACGCAUGCAUGGUGUGGACAACACGGAGAACACGGAGAACACGGGCAGUGAGAACAGCGCGAACGGCGACAACGGCGACAAUGGCGACAACAAUGUGAACAGCGGCAACAACGUAGAGAAGAAGGAGGAACGUGCUGACAACAUGGACAGCAUGGCCAAUGCGCUCUUCAACAAUUUUACCCUCUCCCUGGAUAAGCUCAAGUCUACGUCUUACGCCAUCGUAAUAAACGACGCUAGCAUAAAAAAUAUAAUGAGAAAUGCGCACGCCAUGGUGAGUCCGUCUACACAUGACGCGCACACGCCCUGUGCAUCUCCUUAAAUGGAUAAUGAGACCAAGGGGAAAAUUAUAAAAAAAGUACUCUCCCUAACCACCCCCAGAUUGACCAUCCUAGGGGUGGGAUCGACCCUAAAUGACGCCUAUCUACUGAAGAAUACUACAAUCAGUGUGUGUCUAAGUUUGAACGAGCAGGUCAAUGUGCUGUAUAGCAUAUCGGAUUACGUGCUGCAGGAGUUUAGGUACAUUAUCGACCUGCUUAUCCUAGGACGGAUGAACAAAUUUUCCCUGAGCCGAUCCUUCCUUUGGAUAAUAUACCUGAAAAUCACGAUCGUCUCGCUUUACUUUUUCCACAACUUCGAUAACUUUUUCUCCGGGUCGUCCACCUCGUCCAUUUUGUACACCCAGACGACCUUCGCCAUUUUUCAUUAUUUGCUCAUUAUAGCAUUUUCGGCGUACGAAAUAGAUUUGCCAUACAAGUUUAUCAGGAGCGUCCCUUACAUCUAUCAGUUUGCCAGAAGGAAGUACUUCCUAAACAACACGAUAAUAAUUUUAACGAUCCUGGAAGCCAUGCUGAUUUCGCUGAUCUCAUACUACAUCAUGAGGAUGCACGUAUUCCCCCUGAUAACGCAUCGAGCAUUCACUUUCCACAUAUUUAUUCUAAAUUUUUUUAUAACAUCGGAGAAGAUUUUGUUGCUCUCCAGGACAUGGCACUUGUACUUCUUCAUCCUGGCAGUUCUUAUUAUAUGCCUCCUAUUUAUAUACGUAAAUGUGUACACGUUAAUUGACUGUUUGAAAACAGGGAAGUGUGAGUUGAGUCUGUUCCACACGGAGGACGCAUACUUUUGGCUGUCUCUUCUUCCGAUUUUGUAUAUAAACUUUUUUAUUGACAAGGCGGCGAAGUUUAUCAACAACAGAAUUUACCCUGACAUAACAGACUACUUCCGGGAGAAGAUACUGAAGAGAGACCAGAAAGGGUCCUCAAAGGAUCACAAAUCAGAGGGUAACAUAAGUAGUAAUCUAAAGGAAAAGGAGCAAGGUCUACUCAACCUGGAAGGGAAUGCAAAGUUGACAAAAUUUAUCCCGACUCCGAGGCAGUACAGCAUAAGAGACGACAACACGUACUACUACAACAGGACGAAGAAGAAGAAAUUCAUUUACGAGACUUUCAGAAGAAUUAUAGGAAUAAACAUAAAAUAUCGAAAUCAGCAGUUAAACUUGGAAUAUAAGACAUAUGAAAAGAGAACAAAGCUAAAAUUGAGGACGAUAGGAAUUGUGUUAUUUGUUAUUUUUUUUAUAAUAUUUUUUGUGCAAGCACUUGUUUCCAAGUAUAUGAAGAAAGUAAGAAUUUCGAUUAACGGUUUGACAUAUUUUUUAAUCUUGUAUUAUUUCCUUGCGACGGUGUGGAUGAUUUAUAUAAGGUUACGGAAUAGGUCCAACUCGACUCUCUUCUUUUUUAUUGGCAAAUUGGUACUCAUAUUUGGAUUCAUUUUUGAGCUGUAUGACAAUGUAAGCAACGACAUAAUCAAUAUGUUGAUAGCCUACUCCUUUACCAUUUCGUACAUCUUUUUUCUUUCCUUCAAAAUAUUAGAAGGGAUAAUAAUAUGUACUUUUGUGUUGAUAUUAACUUCCUGGGUGUACUACGAUAAGAAUAAAAUGAUGGGUUCUAUGUGUACCAAGUUUUGUGAAAAUCCGUAUCUGAGUUUACACCACUUGGAGGAGGUUAACAUCUCAUGUCUCUGCAAACAACAGGUAGUGACCUUCCUCAUUUGCACUCUAAGCUUCACAUUUAUCUGCCUUUCGAUGAAAUAUUACGAAAUUUAUUACCUUAAGAAGAAGUUUCUAUUUAGAUAUAAACAGAAGGUUAAUUUAACCAAGCAGAUUGAAAUACUACACACUAUGCUCCCCAGCUUUUUGGUCGAAUAUCUACUCAUAAGUGAUCCCAAGGCGGAUGGAAUAAUGGUUGGAAAAAAUAUUUCUGGAGAGGAUAGAGGAAUAAUAUCAGUAAUUUUUUGUGACAUUGAUGAUUUUCAAAGUAUGGUUUCUACACUUCAACCACAUGCUCUUGUAGAAACUCUGGACAAAUUAUACCUAUAUUUUGAUAAGUGCAUAAAAUAUUUUAAUUGCAUUAAAAUCGAGACUGUGUUUGAAUCGUAUUUGGCUGCCUCGGGACUGAGCGAGAAGCAGAAUGACUGCGUACAUAAAAUUAAGUAUGACACCAGGUGCGCCAUCAAGCUAGCCAUUGCGCAGCUCAGCGCCAAGUAUUACAUCUCGUAUAAGGUGCUGGCUGGGGGGAGGAACCACGUGGGGAGUGACAAUCUGGGGAGUGGCCAUCUGGGGAGUGGCCAUCUGGGGAGUGACCAACUGGGGAGUGGCCAUCUGGGGAGUGGCCAUCUGGGGCAUAGCAGCAGUUAUACGCUGCCAAUCCACAGUGGUGACGAGGCCCAGUACGAAAAGUACACCCACAAGAAUAUUAGCUUACGCAUCGGCAUACACACGGGAAAAGCCAUCAGUGGCGUCAUCGGGUCGGUCAAACCGCAGUACUCACUCUUCGGAGACACAGUGAACACGGCAUCGAGAAUGAAGUCCACUGCGCUUACGGACCAUAUCCAUGUCUCGUACGAUACGUAUAAAUAUCUAGAGGACGAUACGUCCCUGGUAUGGAAGGAGCGCAAGAUCUUUAUCAAGGGAAAGGGGGAAAUGAGAACCUAUUUGUUGGUCGACAUUUUGGACGAUGUCAAGAAAGUCCAGGAGCCCUCGGAUGUGGGCUUAUCAAGCUCCACGCUGUUUGGGAGGACGGACGAGGUGGCGGAAGAAGGUGGGCAUGUGGAGAGGCACAUGGUGGAAGGUGGACCGAUAGACAACCGUAUGGUGGAAGGUGGGUCGAUAGACAACCGCAUGGUGGAAGGUGGGUCGAUAGACAACCGCGUGGUGGAAGGUGGGUCGAUAGACAACCGCGUGGUGGAAGAUGCCCAUGUGGGGAAGCGGCGCACGGUGCAAACCUCCCAAAAGGGGGGAGAGACCCCCCGGAGGGAUGAUCUCUCCAUAGAGGAUGCAACGGAAAAGGCACACCCGAAAAAAAAGACGCAGAAGGAACGGAGACUCACAGAAAAUCCACAUAAAAUUAAAGCCCCAAGUACACUAAUUGCAGAGAUGCUGGAUGCGUAUGAGAGGGGAAGCGAUUCUUAUAGGAAGGACAACUGGUACUAUUACAACAAAGCAUACAACGCGAGUGACAGUAUGAACAGUAAUAACUUCCCUACCUACUCCAAAGCAUUUAAUGAUAGGAAGUCCAAGUAUCUUAGUCUGGAUAAGUUAAAAUUAGCAGACAGUGUGCGAAGAAACAAUUUAUACGACUUUGAAUCGCCUGUAAGUUUAAGAAAGGAAAUUAUUGGGGGGACAAACGAGUCUGAUGAAUUUUUUACAUCCCCUUAUGUAGAAGAUGAGCAUCAGGUGGAGGGUAUCAAAAAGGUGAAAAGGAGUAAAUCCAAUGUGAAAAAAAAUUCCUCCGAUUUUAUGCACCAAUUUGAUACACCAGAUGGGGCCAUAAAAAACUACAUAAAGGAGAGAAGGAACUACCAAAGGAAAUUUUACACUCCCCAUUUUUAUCUUGGAGAGAUACUUCAAAAUUCUAAUGAGUUUAAAAAGGAGGAGAGGAAGAGAAAGGGAAAGAGGGAGGAACAAGCGAGUAGACGGAAAGUCACACACGAAGAGGGAGUGUCCUACAAUUUUGUCAAUGGAAGCUUCUCAUCCAAUUGGGAAUACUCCACAGAAUCGGAGUUCUAUUUGUAUGAUGAGAAAUUAAGGCAGAGUAAAGGGUACAUAAAUUUUGACGAUCUGUUUACCAAAAUAUACAGGAAAAAGAAGAAUAUCCUCCAAGGGGAUAUUCAGCACAUUCCGAGGCAGGGAUUCCUUUUCCCAAAAAAUAAAGCAACAAAAGGAAAAAAAAAAAAAAAGAAAAAUUGAAUGAAGCAGCGUGGGGAUCAGGAGAGCCGCCCAAGAAAGUUAGCUGAAAACGAUUUGCUCAAAAAGAAAGAGGUAAAUUUUGACAGGGUGAAGCAGACAGACUGUGUAGAAUCCUCCGCUGCUGAGAUCGGAUUUGGAGGCGAAGACAAUGCGCAUAAGGGGGCCCCCCCAGGAGGGCCAAACUCUACUGCGGAGAGUGCAAAAGUUGAAAAAUCAAAACUGCAGAAGAAAAAAAUGGUGCAGAAAAAAAUAAGCUUUUACAGCUUGAAGGAUGAAAGGAGCUUGAGCUCGGGGGGCUUCGGGGGAGAGAGCUCCUGCGCUUUGAAGUCGAACGAGACGAACAGCGGUCCGAACGGGGGACCGCACAGUUGCGCAAAGAAGGAGUACUUCUUCACGUACAGCCCAGCGAUCAAAAAGAAGAAAGGCGUCUUAACGAAGGUGAAUCAGGCGUUUAAAAGGUACUUUAAGAGCAUGGACAUGAGCGAGCGGGGGAGUCCGCCUCUUCUGUCGCAUUCGCCUCGGAAUACACAUCCCCAGGAGUUGACUAGAGGAGAAGCGACCCUGCACAGAAGGGGUCCUCAAGGAAGCGAAGAACUGAUCAAGACAAGCACAACUGUGAGCAACAAAAACGCAAACUUUGCCCACAAAUUUGAUAACUAUAACAAAAAUAAGCUUCUAAAAAAACUGACAUCUACACUUCAAGUAGGGAAAAAAAAAGUGAGCAAUUUUAACAGAUUUUAUUACAAAUUUAGUGAUGAAGAGCUAGAGGAAGAAUACACACAAGGGUACUACAGAGAAAUAAUUAAUAUUGAUUUGACGAAGAAGCUAAUAAUAAUAUUUAUCAUAUCCGAAAUGAUCCUGAGCUUGUGUAAUGUGAUAGAGUUAUCCUACUAUGAACACAAACUGAAGGGAAACGAUUUUAUUGUAAUAAUUUGGCUAAUAAGGUGUAUAUAUUUAUUCAUAAUAACAUUCAUAUGGUUGUUAUUAAAGAUUAAGUUAAAGGAAUACAAAAAGAAUUCUAGCAAGAUGAUGUGGACUGUUUUUAUUUUGAAUAUUUUCCUUUCUUCAUGGUGCAUUAUCAUUAUGGACCUGUCGUGUAUCCAUUAUAGUAAUCUUGUUGGGAAUUCUAGUGACAGAUCUUUAUUUUUCAUGAAAGAUGCAACUGAGUUGAUCAUUUGCAUGCAGUUGAUAUUUAUUAAGAAUAUGUUAUUUAAACAUAAGUUUUUUUUUGUUUUUUUUUUCGUUUUCCUGAUUUAUUCCUUUUCAAAAUUAUUUAAAAUACAUUUAUGUGAAAUAAGAAUAUGUUGUAGUAUCCUUCUGAUUCUUUUUAUCAACAUUUUAUAUUUUUGGUACACUGAAUAUUUAGACAGGACACAAUUUUUAGUUAAGAGGAGAAGAAACCGGAUGGAGAAAACAUCGCAUGAUUUUUUAACUAGGAUUUUACCGAGACAAGUUUUGGAAGAGUACCAAAAUGAUAAUUUACAGUUAACUUAUAGUCAUGAAAAAAUCGCAUUUUUAUUUGCCGACAUUGUAGGGUUUACAAAGUGGAGCAAAACGGUUCCUCCUAAGGAUGUCCUAAAAUUAUUACAAAAAUUGAUAUCUAAGAUAGAUAAGGAUACUAUAAAGUUGGGAUUGUACAAACUGUUCACCAUUGGAGAUGCCUAUGUUGCUACUAGCCAACCAAACUCCUCCGUCACAGAUGAGCGUGAAGCUGUCGAUGGAAUACUAAACAUUUUUAAGCUAGCUAAAUUGAUUCUACAUAAUAUUAAUACCAUAAAAAUUCAGUUUAACAAGCAUGAUUUUAAUAUGAGAAUCGGUUUGCACUACGGAUCCUGCGUGGGGGGCAUCAUCGGGUCGGUCAGAAUCAGGUACGACAUGUGGGGUCUGGAUGUCCUGAUAGCUAACAAAAUAGAGUCUAACGGAAUUCCUGGAGAAAUUAUCUGCUCGCAGCAGUUCAAGACCUUCUUCCUGGACCACGAGCCGCAGGCGAAGCUCAACUUCUGGUACUACAAAACAAUCUACAUAAACGACAAAGACGUGAAGCUCUACGUCAUAGAGGACAAGAACUAUGAGGAGGACUAUGACCCUAAGACGAUCGACUAUGAAACGUUGUUAAAACUGCGGGAGAGAAAGGCAAAAGGAGGGCCAACCAACUACAUGGAUAAAUGA